AUGGAAUCAAGCAAGAAAGAGGAAAACAAAUCUACAUCAAAGAUUGAUUUGCAUCACGUCGAAAACUCUAAGAAAAGAAAGAGAAAUGAUUUAAAAGGACCAGCUGGCUACGGUAUUCCAGAUAACACUAAAAAAAUAAAGAUUGAUGAUUUAAAUGAUUCUGAUUCUAAACCUAAGUCUGGACUUCCCGCAAAUAGCAAUAUACUUGUAAAAUUCCCGCUUAUUAUUAUCUUAUAGCAAUAACAAGAAAUCUCUAAAAUUUUAGAAGGCCAUGAAACUAUUUAUAAAGAUGUUUUGGCGAAUAACAAGCCUUUUUUCUAACAAUUAAAGGAUGAAUAGUUUAAUAAUCAAUUAUAGAGAGAUAUCAAGCACCAAAGCUUGGGAAAUCAUGAUAAAUUUAGAUAAUUUCAUAAUUCAGCAUAGAAAUGGUAGGAUCAAAGAUUAAGUCAUUUUAAAGAUGAAUGGCUUAGAGAUAAAAAAGUUCUUGAUAUAGGCUGUGGUGAUGGACUCGUAGAUAUUCUAGUUGCUGUUAAUUACGAACCAAAACUUAUAAUAGGAAUAGAUAUAGAUCAUAGAUAGACCAAGAAAGCAAUCACCAAUAUGUAAAAAACAAUAAAUGAUUAAGAAUAACUUGACGCUCUUAUGAUUACUAUGAAAUUGCAUAAUGAAGAUCUUAAUAAAGGGGAUGCAGAAAUGAUUGAUUAACUAGAAGAAAAAAAGCGAAAACUUAUAAAAGAAAAAAAGCAAAAAUAUGAAUAAAUUCUAGAGAGAGUAAAGAAUCUACCCAUAUCAUUAUAGCUUACAUUUGAAGGAGAGCUUGCUAGGCUUAAGAAAGAUUAAGGUAACUUUUUAACUGAGGUAAUUAACUCAGAGAAUCCUAAUCCCAGCCUGAAGGAUGUUAAAAACUAUCUCUAUGGAAAGAUUUGUUUCAGAACAGAAAAUUAUAUAGAAAAUACUAUUCUGUCAUAGAAGGAGAAGUUUGAUACCAUAUUAUGUCUCUCUACUAUAAAAUAUGUGCACUUAAAUUUCGGUGAUCUAGGUGUAAAGACAUUAUUUAGUAAGGUAUAUGACUAACUCCUUCCAGAUGGGAUUUUUAUACUUGAAAACUAGCUAUGGAAGUCGUAUAAAAAACAUAAGAAUACAAACGAGAGAUCAAAAGCUAACUAUAAUUCAAUUAAGAUUAGACCACAUUGUUUUAGAGCAUAUCUUGAAAAAGUAGGAUUUGAGCUAGUCAUAAGUAUAAUGCCUAGUGAGGAGGACUCCAAAAAAGGUUUUGAUAGACCAAUCAUGGUGUUCAAAAAAUUAAAAUGA